GUUGGUUAAUCAUAAAUAUGGCAGCAAAAGUUAAUUCCCCAAGAGGGGUCAGGAAGCCAUCUGGCCCCUUCCUCACCACCUUCCUUCGUCUGUGAUGCAUCUCCCAGACUAAGGAUGUAGCUCCUAAGACAAGAAGGAAAUACUCUUUGGACAGAGUCACUCAGGAAGACGUCUUUGAUAAGGACACUUCUGCAUAUUUUGAGAAGGUCUGCAAGGAAAUACAACAACUAGAGCAAGAAUACGAACACCGUCAUGACCCUCUCAGCAAGCGGAUGAAGAGGGGACUCCUAAGACUCAAGAGACAACGUGAUCUCAUCUCUAGCAAAAUAUCCGAACAACCUCAAAGCAGUGAUACUAAAGCCCUUAAACAGUUGUUGAAAAAUAUGAAUAUGCUAAAAUAACGCAAGGGAUUUUGACAAUUUCUGCAAAUCACACGAUAUUGGCACUGUAGAUGAAGGAGAAAGCAUUUCUGACGGUGAAGAAAACCCUCCACGCACAUUUCAGCUAAACCGUUCCUCUAAUAUCGUAAAUCCUGCUGAUUACUUCAUGACACCAGAGUCUUUAUUUUCAGCAUCUGCAAGCAGCGGCCCGAGAAAAGAUGAUAGAAAGAAGAAGAGAAAGAAAAACAAUUUUAGCCAACUUUGCAGAGUUGUUGAGGCUAAGUUACAUCAAUUUGACAAGCAAGCCUCUUCUAGUAUUGACCAGAAAGAAAGCCAGGAAAAUCCUACUGGGACAUCUCCAAUUCCUGCUAAAGAUAUGUUUCUUAACAAGUUCUUUGACUUCUCCAGUGCAAGAAUAGACUUGAAGAAAUCUCAGCAUUUACAGAACAAGAGAAUUCACUCCCCUGGGAAAGAUAUAGCUUUCAAAGGAAGUCAGUAAAUGGGAUAACUCCCAGUGUUGAUAAGUUGACUACUCUUACAGAGGUAUUCUAACUAUCAAACAUCUAUUUUCUCCCAGAGUGUCCUUCUGAGACCCCUUCAGGAGGUGGCUUUACCUCCUUGGCCCAAUCGGCCAAUCAGAGGAU